CUAACCCUCAUCUCUCUCUAUAUAAAGAGGACCUUCUCACUCUCUUGUCUCUUGAAAUCAGCUUUGAACGAUGAAACAGCUUAUCCGCCGUCUAUCGCGAGUAGCGGACUCGACACAGUAUAGCCUCCUCCGGUCUGAAUCCCGUCGUGGCCACACCAAGAAGCAGGAGAAACACAGAUCUUGGGUUCCCGAAGGACACGUGCCUGUCUACGUAGGCCAAGAGAUGGAGCGGUUCGUGGUGAAUGCGGAGCUGCUCAACCAUCCCGUUUUCGUAGCGUUGCUGAAACGGUCGGCUCAAGAGUAUGGGUACGAGCAGCAAGGAGUGCUUCGAAUCCCUUGCCACGUGCUUGUGUUUGAACGCAUCUUGGAGUCUCUCCGUCUCGGACUCAACAACACACAUGACCUUCAGGAUCUCUUUUGAGGAUUAAGACGUUUCUACUGUGUCUUGUAUCUUCAAUCUUGUGCUACUUAGGUGUAUAUAGGCGUAGAUCUGAGAUUUUGUCUGUUCAGAAAACAGAGUUAUGUAAAUACCUAUUCUAUAUAUAUCUAAGGUUGAUCAGAUCUUAGGUGCUUCCCAAACUUAGGGAAAGAGAUAACCUCACAAUAUCAAUGUGCGACUUGACUAAUCUCCUAAUCUAUUUAUCUCUUAGCCAAUC